AUGGCGUGGCUAGCUGCACUGGCUGUUGUUCCUGUUGGAAUUAUUUUCGUAUUCUCUGGUCUCAUUGUUAAUCUCGUCCAGGUUGAGGAAGUUAAUACCAUUCAAUUCUGCUUAUGUACUCCAUUGCCACCAAUGUCAUUGAUAGCUUGGGAAAUUUACAACCUAGAUGAGUUCCCCACUUUUUGGCCUAACCAGUUAGAUCUUCUAAUGCAGAUUGAAGUGUAUGCUGAUGAUGAAACUUUUGAAUUAUUGGGUAAAGAACAUGCGCUUUUCAUUUGCAAUCACAAGAGUGAUGUUGAUUGGCUUGUCGGAUGGAUCUUAGCUCAGCGCUCAGGUUGCCUUGGUAGUUCACUAGCUAUCAUGAAGAAAGAAGCAAAAUUCCUGCCAGUAAUAGGUUGGUCAAUGUGGUUUUCUGAUUAUCUGUUUCUGGAGAGAAGCUGGAGUAAGGAUGAAAGAACAUUGCAGUCAGGUUUUGAACGGUUGGCAGAUUUUCCGAUGCCUUUUUGGUUGGCUCUUUUUGUAGAGGGAACUCGUUUUACACAAGCUAAACUUCAAGCGGCACAGGAAUUUGCUGCUUCAAGAGGGUUUCCUGUUCCUAGAAAUGUGUUGAUUCCACGCACCAAGGGUUUCGUAUCAGCAGUAACUCAUUUGCGUUCAUUUGUUCCAGCAAUUUAUGAUGGAACUCUGGCUGUUGCAAAUAAUCAGCCCCCACCAACAUUUCUAAGAAUAUUAAGGGGACAAUCUUCUGUGAUAAAAGUGCAAAUCCAGCGGCAUUCAAUGCAGGAACUUCCAGAAACAGCUGAUGGAAUUGCACAAUGGUGCAAAGAUGCAUUUGUAACCAAGGAUGCGUUGUUGGAGAAAGAUUUUGCUAAGGACAUCUUCAGCGAUAAAAAACUUCAAGACCUUGGCCGACCCAAAAAGUCUUUGUUUGUUAUUCUUUUCUGGUCAUGUCUCCUUGUCUACGCCACUCUCAUGUUAUUCCAAUGGCUGUCAUUCCUAGCCUCCUGGGAAGUCAUUGCAUGUUCAGUUGCUUUCUUGCUCCUCUCAAGUUUUCAAGAGCUUAAGGAUUUCCCAAGGUCUUUUUGGUUGACUAUCUUUGUGGAAGGAACUCGCAUUACCCCAGAUAAACUUAGAGAAGCUCAAGAGUUUGCCAUUUCAAAAGGAUUGCCUGCCCCCAGGAAUGUGCUGAUUCCUCGCACCAAGCUGUACAACACAUGCGUUCAUUUGUUCCAGCAGUUUAAUUAUGAUGUUACAGUUGCCGUGCCAGAAGGCCAUCCAUUGCCUUCCGUAAAAAGAUUCUUUAAUAAGCAACCUGCUACUGUGCAUUUCCGCAUAAAGCGAUAUGCAAUGAACGAAUUGCCUGAAUCAGACGAAGGCAUUUCUCAAUGGUGCAGAGAUAGAUUUGUGGCCAAGGAUGCCAUGUUGGAUAAGUUUCGAGCCAAUGGCACAUUUGAUGAAAAAGAAGUUACAGAUUUUCGUCGUCCACCAAAGAAGUCACUGAUUGUAAGUCGUCAUUCUAGAAUCACCUCGUUAGCAAUUCCAGUAGCCUUUGAUGCGAUCCUAAUGUACGCUCUCAUUGAGUACACAAAAUUGCCAAAGCAAGGAAACGUCCAGGCAAGAAACAGCAAGUAG